UAGUCACUAUCAACCCACCAGCACUCGCCGUUAUCUCAACAUGUACCGUAUUGUUCUUUGAGUCCCAUUAGAUGCGGGGCAAAUAAGAGUAUGAGUCACGGUUCGCGUACAUAAGCACCAUCUGUAUCAGUAGCCCCUCUUCUUGAUUGCACGCCUGCGGCACGCCAGUGUGUUGACAACUCGGACAAGACCGACUCACUCAAGGAUCGCAGUGUAAUUCACCUAUUUACGGACAAGGCGCUCAGUUUCAACUCAGAGAAACCACCGUGGAGGCAUUGCGGCUCGCCCCCAGAAGAAAAUGAUCACCGACGGCCACGAAAACGCCUACCGCUCCGAGCGGCUCAUCUACCGGGCGGUAGAGAACAACGAGGCGGAUAGCACCUUCAUCCACACCCAGCUUGAGAACGACCCGGUCAACGUCGCCCUCUCGGACCUCAAGUUGCUCAAGCCCCGGAGCAGCAAGCACAGCCACGCGAUGACCGAGCAGAUGGCAAAGUCCGUCCUGACGGUCAUGGUCUGCUUACCCCACGGAGCCGAGGCCGGGGCCGGGGCUGCGGCCGGGGAUGAGGACAAGACGGACGGAUCACAGGCCGAGGCGCCGAGGCCCAUCGGGUUCCUGUCCAUCGGUUGGGGUGGCAUAUCGGGGGAUACGGCGCACCAUCGGUCGGUGGGCCUCGGCAUCGCCCUGGCGGCGCCGUUUCGGGGCAAGGGGUACGGCUCCGAGGCCAUCAACUGGGCGCUGGACUGGGCGUUCCGGUACGGCAACUUCCACCGCGUCUACCUCGGCACCGUGUCGUACAACGAGCGGGCGCAGCACCUGUACAAGAAGCUCGGGUUCGUGGAGGAGGGCCGCAGCCGCGAGGCGCACUGGUUCGAUCGGAAGUGGCACGACCUGAUCAGCUACGGGAUGCUGGAGCAAGAGUGGGAAGCCCUGAGGGGGAUCAAGAAAGAGUAAAGAGGAUGUCUGGUGUUGAUGUCGGCGGCGUCGAUGUUCUUGGUGACUACGGUUGCUCAGAAGAAAGCAUAAUGUUACUGAUUUGGGUUAUCGGAACCAUGGUAAACAAAGGAACGCUCCAAAUGUAAAGAAUAGUCGCGCUUCAUUCUCGCUCGUCGCGUAAUCAUUAAU